CUGUCCUACCUGCCGUCCAAGAGGAACCACAUGCUGCUGCUCUACCCCAGAGAGAUCCUCAUCCUGGACCUUGAGCUCAGCCAGACCGUGGGUGUGGUGGGCAUUGAACGCUCCGGGGUGCCCUUUUUUCAGGUGGGACCCAACACACAUAUACUCACAUUUCAGUCUCACCUCAACCUACCCUCACCUCAAUUAAACCCCUGUGCAGUCUGUAUUAUAAUUUUUUAUGGUACUUUAGAAAUAUAUAUAUUUUUAGGUCCUUUGAAAUAUUGACGAUUCUGCUGCAAAACCAAUUUCCUCUCUGGGCAUGAUCAAUUUUUUUACUUGGAAAAAACACAGAUGCAGUGCCUUUGGAAAGUAUUCAUACCCUUUGACUUAUUCCACAUUUUGUUACAGCCUGAAUUCAAAAUAGAUUGACCCAUUUUUCACACAAUACCCCAUGAUGACAAAGGGAAACAUGUUUUUAGAAAUGUUUGCAAAUUUAUUGAAAUUAAAUACAGAAAUAUCAAUUUACAUAAGUAUUCACACCCCAUUUGCUAUGACACUCCAAAUUGAUUUCUGGUCCAUCCAAUUUCCUUUGAUAAUCUAUGAAAUGUCACUACAACUUCAUUGGAGUCCACCUGUGGCCAAUUCAAUUGUUUGGACAGGAUUUAGAAAGAAACACACCUGUCUAGAUAAGGUCCCACAGUUGACAGUGCAUGUCAGAGCAGAAACUAUACAAUGAAGUGCAAGGAUCUGUCCAUAGAUCUGCCUAGAGUUGGCUGUCCGACCAAACUGAGCAACCGGGCAAGAAGGGCCUUGAUCAGGGAGGUGACCAAGAACCCAAUGACCACUCUGACAGAACUACAGUAUCAGUUAAAAGUUUGGACACACCUACUCAUUCAAGGGUUUUUCUUUAUUUUAUUUUUUACUAUUUUCUACAUUGUAGAAUAAUAGUGAAAACAUCAAAACUCUGAAAUAACACAUUUGGAAUCAUGUAGUAACCAAAAAAGUGUUAAACAAAAUAUAUUUUAGAUUCUUCAAAUAGCCACUCAGCAGCAGUGACUGGGAGACUGGUAAGGAGAGAGGGAACAAUGAAUUAAUCCAAAUGCAUGCAAAUCCUUAAUGAGAACCUGCUUCAGAGUUUAAAUGACCCUAGACUGGGGCAAAGAUUUACGUUACAACAGGACAAUGACCCCAAGUAUACAGCCAAAGCAGCGCUGGAAUGACUUCAGAACAAGAAUCUGAAAGUCACUGAGGGGCCCAGCCAAAGCCCAUACUAGAAUCCCAUUGGAAAAACUGUGGAAAGACUUGAAGAUUGCUGUUUACCGCCACUCCCCAUCUAAGUUAACAGAGCUUGAGAAAAUCUGCAAGGAAGAAUGGAACAAAAUCCUAAAAUCCAGAUGUGCAAAGCUAAUAGACAUACCCAAGACGACUCAAAGACUGUAAUCGCUGCCAAAGGUGCUUCUAAAAUAAUAAUUGUCGGAGCUGUCUGAGAUUUAAGCGCAAAUGCAUCAGGGUAUUGCAUGCAUGUAUGCCUAGGCGUCCACUGUAUAUUCAUAUUUAAAAAAUUAAUAUAAAGGAAGAGAAGCUAAGGCCUAGCCCUAGAGAGACCGAAAGAUAGAUGGCGAUAUGCCGGUUGAAUGUUCCCAACACCGACAUAUAUUUCUUUAUCCUUGUCAGAUAGGCUACUACUGUGAUAGAGAUAUAUAGCGUACUUAAGGAGGCUAAUUAGUCCGUUUUCGAUGUGUAUAUAUAUUUUUUUAUUAGGAUAAGCAUUAUAUUGUUAGAUUAAAGGAACUCUGGUAGGCCUAAAACACUCUUCCUCACCUCAAGUUCAACUGUGGGAGUCUGCUAGAGCACCGAUGUGCACUGCCUUCACAGGCCUGCAGUAGCUAAGCCUGAUAAUAGCCAUACCCCACCAAACCUUCACACACAUUUCUUAAUUUUAUUAGAGUAAUAUCAAAAGUCAAGUCAUACAAACAGGUUAUUAUAUUGCGUCUCACCCUAUUUGUUUGUUCCUUUUCAUGGUUUGAGUGCGAGUAGCCCUAUGGAGCAAACACGACAUUACAGUUGGAACUUUGACGACAUCCGGUUGGUGUGUUACCGGUAUUUCGAUUUGUUUGUUUUAGCCUAAUCUAUGGCACUUUAUUUCAUUGUAUCGUUUUACUAUCUUAUACUCACACGGUUUUAGUUCCAACUCAUAGCCAACUCCACACCGGGCUCUGCCUGCUCUUGGCCAUGACUAGUAUAGACUACCUGUCCCUGGAGGAUCACCAACAAGCUCGCGUUGUGGUUAGCCCUUAUGGCUGGGACUGCUCCAACCUGACCCAAGCUUGGAUUGCCAGGGCGAAUACAAUCAUGAGCUUCCCUGCCCAGAUGAGAGUUAUGGGAUGUGGGUCAUGCAACAUGAUUACUGUUGUAAAAACGGAGGACUUUGUGGCUGCUUUUAUGUGCACAAAAUUCACCCAGACCUUCGAUUGUAAUUUGGCAAGGAGUGCUACCUGCUCCACAAGGCUGGUAAAUUCGACAGUGGCAUUAGCUGAGGCAUCGGCCAAAAACAACACUGAGGCACCCUUCUCACCACCAGCCCAGACCACCGGCCCAUCUGCUAAGGCACACCCCCCAACCGUGGCCGGUUCCACCCCCGUCCACUGGAGUCAGUGGAAACAGGUUGGUUGUAAGGGCAAUGAGAAUCACCGCCUGCUACCACUACCAUUACGCCCAGCGCUGCGGCUGUCCAACACAUUCAAUGCCCUCAGUCGGCUCUCAUCGGAGCGUUCUCCCGCUCCCAAUUCAUCUCCACCGGACACAACUGCUGCUACUCUUGUGGUUACGGGACGUCUCCCUCACCAAUGCUGCGCUCGGGCCCACGGCUGUGCGCUGUUUUCCUGGAGCUCGAGUUUUGGAUGUAAACAAUCACUCUCCAGCUGGAUAACUACCUAAAUCUGAGUACCAUUUAUAGUACAAAUGACACUUCCCUCCAGCAGUCUGAGGUUUUAAAGCAGCAUUCUAAGACAUUGAUUAACACAUUGGAAGCCAGCGAUAAGAGAUUGAUCAUUUCUGGCCCCCAACCGUGCUACAAGCGUGGCAUCAGCCUUUCUAAUUUGAAUGACUGGCUGAAGGGACAUUGCAUUUUAAGGAGGAUUAAUUCCCUUUAUCAACAACUUUGACCUCUUUUAGGAACCCCCUGCUUUCUUUAAGCGUGAUGGACUUCAUCCAAACUGCAGAGGCAAAACAAAAUGGAAAGUUUUUUACUCCAUUGACUCUCUACAGUGAGGGAAAAAAGUAUUUGAUCCCCUGCUGAUUUUUUAAGUUUUCCCACUGACAAAGAAAUGAUCAGUCUAUAAUUUUAAUGGUAGGUUUAUUUGAACAGUGAGAGACAGAAUAACAACAAAAAAAUCCAGAAAAACGCAUGUCAAAUGUUAUGAAUUGAUUUACAUUUUAAUGAGGGAAAUAAGUAUUUGACCCCCUCUCAAUCAGAAAGAUUUCUGGCUCCCAGGUGUCUUUUAUACAUGUAACGUGCUGAGAUUAGGAGCACACUCUUAUAGGGAGUGCUCCUAAUCUCAGCUUGUUACCUGUAUAAAAUAAACCUGUCCACAGAAGCAAUCAAUCAAUCAGAUUCCAAACUCUCCACCAUGGCCAAGACCAAAGAGCUCUCCAAGGAUGUCAGGGACAAGAUUGUAGACCUACACAAGACUGGAAUGGGCUACAAGACCAUCGCCAAGCAGCUUGGUGAGAAGGUGACAACAGUUGGUGCGAUUAUUCGCAAAUGGAAGAAACACAAAAGAUCUGUCAAUCUCCCUCGGCCUGGGGCUCCAUGCAAGAUCUCACCUCGUGGAGUUGCAAUGAUCAUGAGAACGGUGAGGAAUCAGCCCAGAACUACACGGGAGGAUCUUGUCAAUGAUCUCAAGGCAGCUGGGAUCAUAGUCACCAAGAAAAUAAUUGGUAACACACUACGCCGUGAAGGACUGAAAUCCUGCAGCGCCCGCAAGGUCCCCCUGCUCAAGAAAGCACAUAUACAGGGCCGUCUGAAGUUUGCCAAUGAACAUCUGAAUGAUUCAGAGGAGAACUUGGUGAAAGUGUUGUGGUCAGAUGAGACCAAAAUGGAGCUAUUUGGCAUCAACUCAACUCGCUGUGUUUGGAGGAGGAGGAAUGCUGCCUAUGACCACAAGAACACCAUCCCCACCAUCAAACAUUAUGCUUUGGGGGUGUUUUUCUGCUAAGGGGACAGGACAACUUCACCGCAUCAAAGGGACGAUGGACGGGGCCAUGUACCGUCAAAUCUUGGGUCAGAACCUCCUUCCCUCAGCCAGGGCAUUGAAAUGGGUCGUGGAUGGGUAUUCCAGCAUGACAAUGACCCAAAACACACGGCCAAGGCAACAAAGGAGUGGCUCAAGAAGAAACACAUUAAGGUCCUGGAGUGGCCUAGCCAGUCUCCAGACCUUAAUCCCAUAGAAAAUCUGUGGAGGGAGCUGAAGGUUCGAGUUGCCAAACGUCAGCUUCGAAACCUUAAUGACUUGGAGAAGAGCUGCAAAGAGGAGUGGUACAAAAUCCCUCCUGAGAUGUGUGCAAACCUGGUGGCCAACUACAAGAAACGUCUGACCUCCGUGAUUGCCAACAAGGGUUUUGCCACCAAGUACUAAGUCAUGUUUUGCAGAGGGGUCAAAUACUUAUUUCCCUCAUUAACAGCUAAUCAUGGCUACCCGGACUAUUUGCACUGCCCCCCCACCCCAUCCUUUUUACGCUGCUGCUACUCUGUUAAGUAAGUAUUUAUGCAUAGUCACUUUAACUCUACCCACAUGUACAUAUUACCUCAACUACCUCAACUAGCCGGUGCCCCCGCACAUUGACUCUGCAACGGUACCCCCCUGUAUAUAUAGCCUCCCUACUGUCACUUUAUUUUACUGUAUAUAUAGCCUCCCUACUGUCACUUUAUUUUACUUCUGCUGUUUUUUUCUCAACACUUUUUUUGUUGUUGUUUUAUUCUUACUUUUUUUGUUUAAAAUAAAUGCACUGUUGGUUAAGGGCUGUAAGUAAGCAUUUCACUGUAAUGUCUGCACCUGUUGUAUUCGGCGCAUGUGACCAAUAAAAUUUGAUUAGAUUUGAUUUGAUUUGACAUGUAUUUUUCUGGAUUUUUUUGUUGUUAUUCUGUAUCUCAUUGUUCAAAUAAACCUACCAUUAUAAUUAUAGACUGAUCAUGUCUUUGUCAGUGGGCAAACAUACAAAAUCAGCAGGGGAUCAAAUACUUUUUUCCCUCACUGUAUAUCACCUAUAUAAGGACUCCCGAGUGGCGCAGCGGUCUAAGGCACUGCAUCUCAGUGCUUGAGGCGUCAACUCACCGUGAUUGGGAGUCCCAUAGGGCGGCGCACAAUUGGCCCAGCAUCGUCCGGGUUUGGCCGGUGUAGGUCGUCAUUGUAAAUAAGAAUUUGUUCUUAACUGACUUGCCUAGUUAAAUAAAGGUUAAAUAAAUAAAUAAAAUAAAUAAAUCACCCACUGAUUUCUCGACCAAGCCACUCUAACCAGGUCUCCCGUUAUACAUUCUAUCCAGACAGUCUUUUCUAGAUGCAUUACCAGAUCAUCAUCUGCCAGAAUAUGCCCUGGUAAUCUCAUAGACUCAUCACCUGUGCUUGACUUGGGAUGGAAGAAGUACAGAAGCUGUCUUUUUCCAAGUCAGUCCAUUAGACAAUGUUAUCCGAAAUUCACAAAUGACAUUAUGCAAUUUUCCAUGACUUCUCCAUGACCUUGGACCAAAUUUCCAUGACUAUUAUUAUAGCCUACAUGAAAAAGAAAGCACUAUUGACACUGGAAAGCUGUUAUGUCUGAUCCCAUGUAGACUAACCACCUCCUGCCAUUGUGCCCUUGAUUAAGGCACUUAGCCCCCACAUAGAACUGCCUUGUUAGUGACAUGUUGUCAAUAUGUGGUCAACCCUCCAUCUGGGGAGCUCCUGGGUGUGCAGGCUUUUUCAACAUUACAACCAAAUACUUUUGUCUUUUUAUAAAAUGAUUCCCUCAUUCAAUAAAUCAGGGAUCAAAUGAAUAAGGUAGGCUACUUCAAAGCAAGGUAUCUAACUAGACAUGUUUAUAUAUCAGGCUCAAAUAUUCAUUGUUUCGGGGGAGAUCUAAUCACAGCAAGUUAUUUGUCAAUUAGACUAUUCUUCUAAUAUUUUUUACGUUGUCGCAAUUACAUGGCUUCUGUUUAAUAGAGGGGAAUCCCAGCUUUCCAACGGUGCAGAUUUGUUUAGGCUCUGCAGUGCAUGUGGAAAGGCAACAACGAAAUGAAUGCUUAGUUAGCUAUAGUUAACUAGCGAGAACUGCUACUAGUUAUGUUUUGAAUUGGUGAUCUAGUUAUUCUGUCUGUCAUUAUUUUAUACCUGCUGCUGAAAUGUCAUGCUCGGCCCACUCGCACUUGCACACGCAGCACCACAGACAUGCACCGAAUGGUCAUUCCGAUGAUGGCUGAUAUGUAGUUUUUUAUUGAUUGAUCACAUUUAAAAGUGUGCUAUCAUGAAUUACAUUAACAACAAUUAUGAAACUAAUUUCCAUGACUUUUCAUGACCUUACAAACCCUAAUUUGACAACUUGGAACAGCGCAUCCUACCAUUCAGGCUGGCAGAUUUUCAAUUUGCGCGAUCUCGAACAGCCUACUGUCACUCACAGACUAGCGGCAAAUAAACUUGAACAAAGUGGAAUCAGGAAAUGAAUGCCCCCUCUCCAUUGCUAUUCAAUGAAGAUCCCGCAUUUAGGUCUUAGAGAAUGUCCCUCAGCCCCUUGGGCUAGGCCCCUUAGUUCCAGUGAAGGGCAAACUUAACGCUACAACAUACAAUUACAUUUCCCCCGUGUACAAAUUGAGGUCCAUACAGAAAUGGUUUGUUGAUCGGUGUGGAAGAUCUUAACUGGCCUGCACAGAGCCCUGACCUCAACCCUCCGACUGCGAACCAAGUCUAAUCGCCCAACAUCAGUGUUCGACCUCUUGUGGCUGAAUGGAAGAAAGUCCCCGCAGCAAUGUUCCAACAUCUAGUGAAAAGCCUUCCCAGAAGUUUGGAGGUUGUUAUAGCAGCAAAGGGGGGACCAACUACAUAUUAAUGCCCAUGAUUUUGGAAUGAGAUGUUCGACGAGAAGGUUCCACAUACUUUUGGUCAUGUAGUGUUAUUGACUCAAGACAUUUCAGCUUUUCAUUUUUAAAUAAUUUGUAAACAUUUCAAAAAAAGUAAUUCCACAGAGUUUAUGGGGUUUUGUGUGUAGAUCAGUGACACAACAUAUCAAUUUAAUCAAUUUUAAAUUCAGGCUGUUGCACAACAAAAGGUGGAAAAGGUCAUGCAAGAGGUGUGAAUACUUUCUGAAGGCACUGUAGGCCAGAAAUAAUGUUGAUACUCACAGAAAGCAGAGACUCUCUUCUCUUUGUAACAACGUUAACAAAUCAAAUCAAAUCAAAUUGUAUUAGUCACAUACACGUGUUUAGCAGAUGUUAUUGCGGGUGUAGCGAAAUGCUUGUGCUUCUAGCUCCGACAGUGCAGUAAUAUCUAACAAGUAAUAUCCAACAAUUUCACAACAUAUACCCAAUACACACACAUCUAGUAAGGAAUGGAAUUUAAGAAUAUAUACAUAUAUGGACAAGCAAUGACAUGGACUAAGAUACAGUAGAAUAUUAUAGAAUAGAAUACAGUAAAUACAUAUGAGAUGAGUAGUGCAAGAUAUAUAAACAUUAUUAAAGUGACUAGUGUUCAAUUUUUUUAAGUGUCCAGUGAUUUCAAUAGGCAGCAGCAGCCUCUAAUGUGCUAGUGAUGGCUAUUUAACAGUCUGAUGGCCUUGAGAUAGAAGCUGUUUUUCAUUCUCUCGGUCCCAGCUUUGAUGCUCCUGUACUGACCUCGCCUUCUGGAUGAUAGCGAGGUGAACAGGCAGUGGCUCGGGUGGUUGAUGUCUUUGAUCUUUUUGGCCUUCCUGUGAUAUCGGGUGCUGUAGGUGUCUUGGAGGGCGGGUAGUUUGUCCCCGGUAAUCCGUUCGGCAGACCGCACCACACUCUGGAGAGCCCUGUGGUUGCGGGCGGUGCAGUUGCCGUACCAGGCGGUGAUACAGGCCGACAGGAUGCUCUUAAUUGUGCAUCUGUAAAAGUUUGUGGGCUUUAGGUGCCAAGUCAAAUUUCUUCAGCCUCCUGAGGUUGAAGAGGCUCUGUUGCGCCUUCUUCACCGCACUGUCUGCCUGGGUGGACCAUUUCAGUUUGUUAGUGAUGUGUAUGCCAAGGAACUUGAAGCUUUCCACCUUCUCCACUGCGGUCCCAUCGAUGUCGAUAGGGGAGUGCACCCUCUGCUGUUUCCUGAAGCCAACAAUCAUCUCCUUUGUUUUGUUGACGUUGAGUGAGGUUAUUUUCCUGGCACCACACUCCCAGAGCCCUCACCUCCUCCCUGUAGGCGGUCUCGUCAUUGUUGGUAAUCAAGCCUACUACUGUUGUGUCGUCUACAAACUUGAUGAUUGAGUUUGAGGCGUGCUUGGCCACGCAGUCAUGGGUGAACAGGGAGUAGAGGAAGGGGCUGAGCACGCACCCUUGUGGGGCCCCAGUGUUGAGGAUCAACGAAGUGGAGAUGUUGUUUCCUACCUUCACCACCUGGGGGCGGCCCGUCAGGAAGUCCAGGACCCAGUUGCACAGGGCGGGGUUCAGACCCAGGGCCUCGAGCUUAACGAUGAGCUUGGAGGGUACUAUGGUGUUGAAUGCUGAGCUAUAGUCAAUGAACAGCAUUCUUACAUAGGUAUUCCUCUUGUCCAGAUGGGAUAGGGCAGUGUGAUGGAGAUUGCAUCGUCUGUGGAUCUAUUGGGGCGGUAAGCAAAUUGAAGUGGGUCUAGGGUGACAGGUAAAGCAGAGGUGAUAUUAUCCUUGACUAGUCUUUCAAAGCAUUUCAUGAUGACAGAGGUGAGUGCUACGGGGCGAUAGUCAUUUAGUUCAGUUACCUUUGCUUUCUUGGGUAACUGAACUAAAUGACUAUCGGUAGUUGUUUUAAAAACUGUGUUUACCCCCGCAAUUACAUUUUGAAAUGAGCAUAUCAGAAUGCAUUUCUCCAUUUCAAGCAGUGAAACAUGGCAGAUACUUUCAUUCCAGGAACCAGGUUUAUGCUAAUUACUGUUGACCAAAUAAUGGUUUUAGAACCGUAAAAUGUACAGGUGCGUGCAUAUGCGGGCACGUGCAUCAGCAAGUGGCAUGGGCAUGUGUCUGUGUGGGUGCACAAGUGUGUAGCCUACACUGUACACAUUUCACUACAGCAGCCCAGCCCAAAUCUUACGGCAGUAGUAGAGGAGCAUCAUUACUCAGCCUAUGAGGCUCUGUCCAGCAGUCGCAGGGUUCUCGCUAAGUGUCGUGAAGCGCUUGUCACAGCCAAUUUGAAUGAAUGAUGCUGCAGCGAAGAAGGCUCUGAGUCCAGCCUGGACUGUGGUAGAGGAGAGGGAGCAAGGAACACUAAGCACUAAGACACACACAGAGGCACAACCACACAGUCAUUAGAGAUAGUUACACAUUCACACUUACCCAGUCACAUUCCAAUACAGAUGUACAAAUAGAAAGAGAGACUAUGCUCAAUCCCCAACCAGUCCCUUUCUCUUCCACUUCCCCUCAGCCCUCCGUUUGUGCAUUAACACCUCCUCCAUAUGUAGUGAUGUCCCAAAGCUGAGGGGGGUGAAAUCAUCUAGGGCGUAGGGGCUAAUUAGACCCUCCGAUAGCCACUUCGACCAAGCUUGUUGAUCCCUCUAAGUUGGUAGAGCAUAUCACUUGCAACGUCAGGAUCGUGGCUUCGAUUCUCGCUGGGAUCACCCAUAUAAAAACAAUUAUGCACACAUGACUAAGUCGCUUUGGUUAAAAGUAUAUGGCAUAUUAUGUUAUCCUCUCACUGCUCUUGUAGUCACCCUCUGGUAGUGACAUCAGAGGGACCUCCAAGCAAGUUGCUUGGGGCUAUGGGCUAGUUUGGGAUUGGGGGAUAAUUUCACCCAAUCACAUCACUCACUCUGUCCUACUUCCUGUAUCCAGGUGAUCCCCUGUGCCCAAAGAGACGCCCUCUUCUGUCUCCACGAGAACGGCUGCAUCACUCUGAGGGUGUGUCGCUGCACCACCGCACCCGACGAAUCAGGCAAGCUCUAC